CCAGAUUCGGCGCUGCCGCUGCUGCUGCUGGCACAACAAGAGAAAGAGGAUAAUAAGUUAUUAGUCAGCUGGCAGAAGAAUAAUCCUCCCCAUAACGACUCCGAGCAGCCAACAUUUUAUUUCAAAAUGUCUGACAAAAGUGAGCUGAAAGCAGAGUUAGAGAGAAAGAAACAACGACUGGCUCAGAUCAGAGAGGAGAAGAAGAGGAAAGAGGAAGAUCGCAAGAAGAAAGAGCUGGAUGGACGGACGGAGGGAGCGUCUCCUCCGCAGGAUGACUCUGAUCUGGAGAGGAAGAGGAGGGAGGCAGAGGCUCUGCUGCAGAGCAUGGGGAUAGUGGACGCCUCCAUGGUGCAACCUCUGCAUGUGGUAACAGAGGAUACGUGUCUGUUUCACUAUUUAGUCCCCCCUCCCAUGUCCCCCUCUGCCAAAUCAGUGGGCACACCCAGCGAAACGGGCAGCCAGGACUCAGGAGACGGUGGCACGGGGCCGAGGACUCUUCAUUGGGACUCUGACCCCUCUACUCUACUGCUCCAUUCAGACUCUCAGCUCGGGUACUGCUUUAACCAUCACUCCUGCUGCGCUUCUCCUGCAUUCUCUCCUUCAUUUAUCCUUCUGUCUCACAUUUGUCCCCUCAAUCUUGCUUCCCAUCAGUACCCAGAGCUGCUGGUGGCGUCCUACAGCAGUAAUGAAGACGCUCCACAUGAGCCCGACGGUGUGGCUCUCGUCUGGAACAUGAAAUAUAAGAAAACCACACCGGAAUAUGUCUUCCAUUGCCAGUUUCCUCUGGGUGACGUCAAUAACUUUGUGGUGGGCAGUGAGGACGGGUCCGUCUACACCGCCUGCAGACACGGCAGUAAAGCGGGCAUCAGUGAGAUGUUUGAGGGUCAUCAUGGACCAAUCACAGGCCUCGACUGCCACACAGCGGCAGGACCGGUCGACUUCUCUCACCUGUUUGUCACUUCCUCUUUUGACUGGACCGUCAAACUCUGGAGUACCAAGAACAAUAAGCCCUUGUACUCUUUCGAGGAUAAUUCAGACUACGUGUAUGACGUCAUGUGGUCUCCCACACACCCCGCUCUGUUUGCCUGCGUGGACGGGGUCGGACAUUUGGACCUGUGGAACCUCAACAACGAAACUGAGGUUCCCACAGCGAGCGUGACGGUGGAGGGAAGCCCUGCGCUGAACCGCGUGCGCUGGGCUCAUUCGGGACGAGAGGUGGCCGUCGGUGACUCUGAGGGCCAGGUGCACAUUUAUGACAUCGGAGAGCAAAUCUCAGUGCCGCGGCAGGACGAAUGGACGCGCUUUGUGCUCACGCUCACAGAGAUCAACGAGAACCGCGAGGACGUGGAGGAACUGGCCGCUCAGCGAUUGGCUGCAUGAUCACCAUAGCAACCCCUGCUGACCAAUGACGUUUCGCCUGCAUUUGCAUAUCUCCACCCUCUCUUUUUUAAUUCUAGAGACAAAUGGAUUAUUUCAGAAAGCAAGACUUUGCUAUUAAUAAUUGAAGCACUUAGUGUUGCGAAACAUUUUGGAGUAGUAAUCGUAGUGGGAUUGGAUGGUGAAAGUAGAAUAUAUCAGGCGGGAAUUCUAAUGUUUUUAUCUAUUUGUAGGAUUAGAGGCUGAUUUGGAGGAAAGGGAGGAUUGUUUGCCGUACAGCAACACUUACACUUCCAAUAUGCAAACUAUUGUACAGCAACUUCAGACACUGACAUAACCUACUACAGUAACAAGAGAAAUGUUCUUUUGAAGAGGUGGAAUAAUUUUAACAUUCCCUCCCGGAUAAACGGUCGCAUUAUUGGAUUAUUUAUAACUUUUUAACAAAUGCAUUUUGUUUUUAGCUCAUAAAGACUGAACACUUGUAAUAACCAAAUCAGCACACUUU